CAACACUGUAACUGUUCCUUAUCAAUAACCAUAGAGAAUCUAUCUAUUGCCAGUAUUUAUUGUGUAUUUUGUAGAAUGAAUGGAAAACGUCUGUUUGUAACAGUCGGCACAACAAAAUUUGAUAAACUUCUCAAAACUGUAACAAACGAGGAGAUAUUAGGAAUUCUACAUAAGUUAGGUUAUAACCAAAUUCAGUUACAAGUGGGAAAUGGUUCUUAUGUUGAAGUAAAACACGAAAGUAUUGAAUUGUCUUAUAACACCUAUUUUGAGGAUUUUGACAAUGAAAUAGAAAAAUCGGACUUAGUUAUCAGUCACGCUGGUGCAGGUAGCUGCUUACAAGUCUUAAAGAAGAAGAAACCAUUAAUUGUCGUUAUAAAUGACGAUUUAAUGGAUAACCACCAACUGGAAUUGGCCCAAGAAUUAGAAAGACAGGGCUAUUUAUAUUAUGGUACAUGUUCCACUUUAAACAAAUUAUUGUUGCAAGACAUUACAAAAUUAGCAGAGUACCCCACAUCAAAUAAAACUUUAUUUGCCAAAUAUAUUAAUAAGUGCAUGGGAUUUUCAUAAAAUUUUAUUCAAUAAAUUACAAAUUUUA